AUGAAUCUUUACGACGAUGAAUCUCUGAAGCAGGAAGUAAUCUACCUUCACUCUCUAUGGCACCAAGGUCCACCGACCCGGAAUCCAAUCCCUAGCCCGAAUUUCUACCCAAUUCACGACCCGGUUCAAAGAUCCAGGCCGAAUUACAUCCCACCGGCGGAUUUGCAUCUCCUCUCUCGCUAUGGUGCCGUUCGUCCUCAGAUCAUACCCAGAAACCCUAACCAUCCUCAAAUUCUCUACAAUAACAAGCGCCCAAGACCCGAUUCAGGUCGAGAAUGGCCCGUGAAGGAACUCCUUCUUUCUCCUCCUACGGGAUCUGGAUGGCCUGAAUUCAAGCCGUGUAAGAAGGCGAGACCUGCUUCGGAGGAGGAAAAGGAGAAAUUCGCUGUGAAUAAGCUUCAGAAAGAUAUCCAUCGCACCUGUCGUGAGUUCUUCGGCAAAAAAUCCGGCGAAGAAGAUAGCUCCGUCGCCGGAGGAGAUGGGUCGGGGUCGGAUAGUGAUGAUGAAGAUGAAGAUCAGUCUUUAGAAAAAGAAGGAUCUUCUUCUAAAGAGUUUCAGUUUUUGUCGAGAAUGUUUGAAGAGAACGAGAAGCUGAAGGAAUACUAUGUGAAGAAUUCUGGGAAUGGAGAGUUCUGGUGUUUGGUUUGUGGUGGCACUGGAGAGAAAAGUGUUCGGAAAUUCAAGAGCUGUUUGGCUUUAGCUCAGCAUUCACUUGCUAUUCAUAAGACGGAUUUGAAAAUUCAACAUAGAGCUCUUGCACAGGUUGUUUGCAAUGUUCUUGGUUGGGAUGUUAACAAUCCAGUUGCUUCAAGCCAAAAGGACACUCAGGCGGUUGUGGAAUGCGCACCUGAGCUGCCUUCAGACUUAAAGAAGCCUCAGGAGAAACAACAGGACAUGUCUGUUAAGGAACAAGCAAAGGCUGCAGUGAUACAAAUGCAACAGAAUGGAUCAGAAGCUUUGAAAGGCAUCUUUGCCAAGGAUACUGCUGAUUCAGCUGACAAAAUCAAGGAGAAUGGUGAUGAGAAUUUGUCCGAGGAAUUGGAGGUAAUAUCUCGACUCUUCUCAGAGAACGUUGAGCUCAAGGGUUACUAUGAGAAAAACUUUGAAGGUGGAGAUUUUAUCUGUCUGGUGUGUUGUUCCGCGACUGAGAAGAAAAUGAUAAAGAGAUUCAAACACUGUCAUGGGCUUGUUCAGCAUUGUACUAAAGUACCGAAAAUGAAAAAACGAGCUCACAAGGCUUUUGCUCGGUUUCUCUGUGAACUACUUGGCUGGGAUAUUGAUAGUCUUCCACGUAGAGUGGUGAAAGAAGGUGCUCCUCUUGUCGAAUCUAAUGCUGACCAGAUCAGUGAGAAGCCAUCAGCCGUUAUCGAGGAUCAUAUGUGCGAAGAUAAAGCUGAUAAGCCACAGGACAACAAUGAGACAUGCGUUGAGGCAUGA